UCUGCCCGUCGCCUUCUACGUCAAGCUCUUCGGCAAGGAAAUCUCCGCCCAAGAAAGACUUCUCUGCUACGUCAUCAUGGCCGUCUCCACCACCCUGUCCUUUAUCGGAACCGUUUGGGCCUUUUUGCCCAAGGACCUCAUAGGCGCCGCGUGA